ACAGUUUUAUAUUUGAUAAUCUGAACAAAGAGAUAAUUUUUGAUCAAACAAUUGAAUUAAGGAUAAAAGUUUUUAAAGUAUAAUGGAGGGUUAUCUGGAAACACUUUCUGGUUAUAUCAAUGAUGAAGACAAAAUGGUAACUUACAAAUGGUUGAGUAAGGAAUUAGAAGUUCAUGUAAAUGUUGCGAAGAAAAUUUUAGAGGAAUAUUGGAGUCAACAUAAAUCAAAUACCAAUGAUUCUAUUGUUGCAACAAUAAUGUUAAUAGGACACACAAAGGAUGGAGAAAUGCGAGUCGAAGUUGUUAAAGAAGAGAAUCUUGAAAUAGCUAAAGAAAAAUACGAAAAAAUAAUAUCGGAGCAUUUGUAUAGUUUACAGAAAUCUUUACCUGAUAUUCAAUUGUUAGCUGAAACUGGAAAAGGUGACAUUACUUAUGGUGCUAUUAAAUGUGAAAAAAGCAAUAUACGUAGUGAUGAAGAACUAUUUGCAAAAAGAUGGGGUUCCAAUGCUAAAUUUGAAGCUGCAACAACCAAAAAAUCCGAAUCCUCUUCAGAGAAUAAAAUACAACAUAAGCCAAAAGGUCUUUUAGACAAUCAUCUAAAACCAAUUAAUACAAACAAUUCAAAUGAUGAUGAGAAAAGCAAAGCAGAAGAAAAAGUAAUUAAAACAAAUUCAAAUAGUAAUAUAAAAAACAAAACAGAAGAAAAAGUCUCAACAAAAAAGAUUUCACCACCAAAAGGUAAACAUGGUGAUAAAAAGAGUGGACUAUCAAAAAAACCAGCUCAAUCUCAAGCGACAGGGUUUCAAAAUUUGUUUGGUAAAGCUACUGCAUUGAAUCAUAAUAAAUCUCCUCCUCUUAAAAAUAAAGAAAAAUCCAAAGAAGGUGAUGACAGUUCUACUGAGAAUAUUAUAAAAGAGAACGGUAAUUCUGUGGAUACAAAUAAUGUAAAAAUGACUAAUAACAAAUCAUCUGAUAAGCCAACCACGGAAACAACUGAUAAAUUAACCGCUCAGCAAUCCAGUUUUUCAGAAGAUGAUACCAAUGUUUUUCAAAAAGAAAAUAAGCGUACACGUUUAGAAGAAAAAGAAAAAAUAAAUAAUGGAAAUUCCAAAAUUAAAAUCAACAAAAAACGGGGGAAUAAAAGGCAGAGGAGUCAGGAAUCUGAAAAAAAAGAUUUAAAAAAAAGAAAACGUAUUAUCAUGCCUGAUGAUUCCAGCGAAGGAUCAGCUGAAAGUGAGGUUGAACCAGAUAUAUUUGAUGAUUCGCCUCCAAGAGAGUCACCACCAGCUAGAGAAAAAUCUCCAUCUCCUCAAAUUCAGCAGGUUAAUGGAAAACGCAAGGUUCGUAAAGCAGUUGAUAAAACGUAUCAAGAUGAAGAUGGUUUCCUCGUUACGAAGAAGGAGUAUGUUUAUGAAAGUGUUUCUGAUGAAGAAAUUCUGGAUACGAAGGAAGUACAAGAAAUAAAACGUACAGUGUCUGAUUCAAAACCAUUGAGUAAAACUAAAUCAGCUAAUAAGCAAACAACUUUGAUGAAUUUUUUCAAAAAAGCUUGAUAGUUUUGUUUAUUAAAUAAACAAAAUUUAAUUUAUUUAAUAAAUUAAUUUUAAGAAU